AUGGGAGGAGGAGGAGAUCAUCACCAUCAGAGCAUCGGCAUUGCUGCAGCUGUUCAUGGCCAUGGAGGCGCCACGGUGGAGGCCGCACUGAGGCCGCUCGUCGGCGGCGCCCACGGCUGGGACUACUGCAUCUACUGGCGACUCUCCCCUGACCAGCGGUUCUUGGAGAUGACGGGGUUCUGCUGCAGCGUGGAGUUCGAGGCCCAUGUCGCGGCGCUCGGCGACCUUCCUUCUUCCAUCUCGCUCGACUCCUCCUCUAUUGGGAUGCACGCACAGGCCUUGCUGUCGAACCAGCCGAUCUGGCAGAGCAGCGGCGCGACGUCGGGACCGGGUUACGAUGCUACGGGCGGCGGCGAGAGGACGCGCCUCCUCGUCCCAGUCGCCGGCGGGCUCGUCGAGCUCUUCGCCUCGAGAUACAUGCCGGAGGAGCAGCAGAUGGCGGAGCUUGUCAUGGCGCAGUGCGGCGGCGGGCAGGGGUGGCAGGAGGCGGCGGAGGCGCCGGGGUACGCGUGGGACGCGACCGCGGCGACAGCAGACACUGGGCGGAUGUACGCCGCGGCGUCACUCAACCUGUUCGAUGGGGGCGGCGCCGGCGGGAGCGGCGAGCCGUUCCUGGGAGCUGUGCAGGACGACGGAGCGGCAGGUGUGGGGUGGCAGUACGCGGCGGCAGAGAGCAGCGAGCCGCCGUCGAUGGCGGCGCAGGAGCACCAUCAGCAGCAGCUGCACGGCGGCGUGGGGAGGGCGGCGGACUCAGGGUCGGAAGGGAGCGAGAUGCAGCUUGGGGACCAAGACGACGACGGCGUAGACGGCGAGCCGCAGAGAGGCGGGAAGAAGCAGCAGUGCAAGAACCUGGUGGCGGAACGGAAGCGGCGAAAGAAGCUCAACGACCGCCUCUACAAGCUCCGGUCCCUCGUCCCCAACAUAACCAAGAUGGACCGGGCUUCGAUCCUCGGGGACGCGAUCGACUACAUCGUGGGGCUGCAGAAGCAGGUGAAAGAUCUGCAGGACGAGCUGGAAGAUCCGAACCCGCCAGCGCCACCGCCCGGCCACAGCGACAGCAAGGCCCCCGACGUUCUCCUGGACGACCACCCGCCUCCGGGUCUUGACAACGGCGAGGACUCGCCGCAGCAGCAGCCGCCGUUCUGCUCCGGAAGCAAGCGUCCCCGAGGGAAGGAGGAGGAGGAAAAGGAGGAGGAGGAGGCGGAGGACCACGACAUGGAGCCGCAGGUGGAGGUGCGGCAGGUGGAGGGGAACGAGUUCUUCCUCCAGGUGCUGUGCUCCCACAAGUCCGGCCGCUUCGUCCGCAUCAUGGACGAGAUCGCCGCCCUCGGCCUCCAGGUCACCAACGUCAAUGUCACCUCCUACAACAAGCUCGUUCUCAACGUCUUCCGCGCCGUCAUGAGGGACAACGAGGUAGCGGUGCCGGCGGACAGGGUGAGGGACUCGCUGCUGGAGGUGACGCGGGAGAUGUACGGCGGCGGCGGCGGCCCAUGGUCGUCCCCGCUGCCGCCGCCGCCACCGACGAUGACGCCGAUGGACCCGAAGCUCGACGGCAUGGACGGGCAGGCAAUGCCAGCAGGACCGGGGGAUCACUACCAGCUGCAGCACCAGGUGCUGGGAGGAUAUCAUCACCAGCAUCUGCAGUACCUCGCCAUGGAUUGA